GAAAACGCAAAUAGAACCGGCAGUUAAAGCAAGUGUGCUGGCCAAAUGGUGAAGUUCUGGAGUGGGAAAGCAGACUCGGGAAAGGAGGAACGCUACGCAGAUGAUCAAGAGCAAAAAGGGCACAAGAGCAGACUUUGUGAAGCCGACUCCAGCAAAGAGAAGGAGUUCUAUUUCUGCCAGCCAGACCCAGUCUCCAGUGCUGGUCCCCCUGAUGGCAGUUUGUACAACCCUCUGAAACCUGCCAAGCUGGACGCCACAGAUUUGCACGACUGCACUUUGGCCGCCACUGUGCCUCCCUCGGAGCUGUUGAACCAUGCAGUCCAAGCCUGUGACACAGGCAUUCAUGAAGAGCAGUAUGUAAGCGAAGCAGUGGAAGAUGAUGUGCCAGACUGCAGAGAGUACAGAGAUGCCUGCACCAUUACUGAUGUGUGCAAUAGUACCAAUCUUCCUGAAGUUGAAAUCAUCAGUCUACUGGAAGAACAGCUGCCUCAUUAUAAGCUAAGAGCAGAUACAAUCUAUGGUUAUGACCACGACGACUGGCUUCAUACUCCUCUCAUUUCUCCUGAUGCAAAUAUCGACUUAACAACUGAGCAAAUAGAAGAGACCUUGAAAUACUUCCUUUUAUGUGCUGAAAGAGUGGGCCAGAUGACUAAGACAUACAAUGACAUAGAUGCUGUUACACGUCUGCUUGAAGAGAAAGAACGGGACUUAGAAUUAGCUGCUCGGAUUGGCCAGUCACUUUUAAAGAAGAACAAAUCACUGACAGAAAGAAAUGAGUUCCUUGAGGAGCAAGUAGAACACAUAAGGGAGGAGGUUUCUCAGUUACGGCAUGAGCUUUCCAUGAAAGAUGAGCUGCUCCAGUUCUAUACCAGUGCUGCUGAAGAAAGCGAGCCAGAGUCCAUCUGUUCCACCCCGCUGAAGAGGAACGAAUCUUCCUCCUCUGUCCAGAACUACUUUCACUUGGAUUCUCUUCAGAAGAAGCUCAAGGACCUUGAAGAAGAGAAUGUUGUGCUUAGAUCUGAGGCCUGUCAACUGAAGACUGAAACAAUCACUUAUGAAGAGAAAGAACAACAGCUUGUCAAUGACUGCGUAAAAGAGCUAAGGGAUGCAAACAUACAGAUAGCCAGUAUCUCCGAAGAGUUAGCAAAGAAAACUGAAGAUGCUGCCCGGCAGCAGGAAGAAAUCACCCAUCUGCUCUCCCAGAUUGUCGAUCUGCAGAAAAAGGCAAAAGCUUGUGCAGUUGAAAAUGAAGAACUUGUUCAGCAUUUGGGAGCAGCUAAAGAUGCCCAGAGACAGCUCACAGCAGAGUUGCGUGAGCUGGAAGACAAGUAUGCAGAGUGCAUGGAAAUGCUUCAUGAGGCUCAAGAAGAGCUGAAAAACCUUAGGAACAAGACUAUGCCAAAUGCUGUUUCACGUCGGUACCACUCCCUCGGCCUCUUCCCUAUGGAUUCUUUGGCAGCAGAGAUAGAAGGGUCAAUGAGGAAGGAGCUGCAUCUAGAUGAACCUGACUCUCCUGACUUGGCCCAUCAGAAGCGGGUCUUCGAGACAGUGAGAAAUGUAAACCAAGUUGUCAAGCAAAGAUCUAUGACUCCAUCACCAAUGAAUAUCCCAGGCUCCAACCAGUCUUCUGCGAUGAACUCGCUCAUUUCCAGCUGUGUCAGCACUCCACGUUCCAGUUUCUAUGGGGGAGACAUCUCUAACAUUGUGAUAGACAACAAGACCAACAGCAUCAUCCUAGAGACAGACUCUGAGAAUGGAAAUGAAGACAGAAUGAAGAAGCCUGGAACUCCAGGGACACCAGGCUCCAGUGACCUAGAGACUGCCCUUCGCAGGCUGUCCCUUAGGCGGGAGAAUUACCUCUCGGAGCGGAAGUUCUUUGAAGAGGAGCAGGAGAGGAAGUUGCGGGAGCUGGCAGAAAAGGGUGAACUCCGUAGUGGUUCCGUUACUCCCACAGAAAGCAUCAUGUCUCUGGGAACUCACUCCAGAUUUUCAGAAUUCACUGGAUAUUCAGGAAUGUCUAUCAGCAGUCGCUCCUACCUACCAGAAAAGCUUCAGAUUGUGAAACCACUAGAAGGUUCUGCCACUUUGCACCACUGGCAGCAGCUGGCUCAGCCUCACUUGGGUGGGAUCCUGGACCCGAGGCCCGGGGUUGUCACUAAGGGCUUCAGGACCCUGGACCUCGACCUGGAUGAAGUGUACUGCCUUAAUGACUAUGAGGAAGAUGAGACAGGUGACAUUUCUUACAAGGGCCUAACUACCUCGACGCCAGUUCAGCACACAGAGACCUCAGGUGAGAGGUCACAAGCACAAGUGACUGUUUCAGACAACAAGAAUAACCCCCGCCAGUCUCAGGCUUUCACAGAGGAGGUGCCGGAGUCCGCGGCUGACGAUGAUGAGGGGUCUGUACCUCAUCCUGGGAAGUGCAUGUCACAAACCAACUCCACCUUCACCUUCACCACCUGCCGCAUUCUGCACCCUUCUGAUGAGCUCACACGAGUCACACCAAGCCUUAACGCAGCACCUACUCCAGCUUGUGGCAGCGUUAGCAACUUGAAAGGCACCCCUGUGGCUACUCCCUGUACUCCUCGGCGUCUGAGUUUGGCCGAAUCCUUCACAAACCUGCGGGAAUCCACGACGACAAUGAGCACAUCUCUGGGGCUGGUGUGGCUGCUGAAGGAAAGGGGCAUCUCGGCAGCGGUGUACAAUCCGCAGAGCUGGGACAGAGCCAGCAAAGGCACCCUCCUGAACACGUAUUCCCCUAAGAUGGCAAUCAUUCCUUCCACUCCACCAAACUCACCUAUGCAGACACCUUCUUCUUCCCCUCCGUCUUUUGAGUUCAAGUGCACCAGCCCACCUUAUGACAACUUCUUGGCUUCGAAGCCUGCUAGUUCCAUCUUGAAGGAGGUGAGGAAUAAAAAGAACAUCAGGAACAGCGAGAGUCAGACCGACGUGUCUGUCUCCAACCUUAAUCUUGUGGACAAGGUCAGGAGGUUUGGUAUUGCCAAAGUUGUGAGUUCAGGGCAAGCGCCAGCUCCUCCUUUAACUGAUGACCAGGGACCUCUUGUCUGUGGGGCACAAGGACAAGGGAGGGCACUUGUUCCCAGAGGCCUGGCACCAGACACUCUCCCGCUGGGCUGUCCUGCUGUGACCAGUGCCAUUGGGGGCAUCCAGCUGAACACUGGCAUCCGAAGGAACCGGAGUUUCCCCACCAUGGUGGGUUCCAGCAUGCAGAUGAAAGGCCCGACAUCCCUCACCUCGGGGAUCCUCAUGGGAACCAAGCUCCCAAAGCAAACUAGCUUACGAUGAAGGACUUUUAUUUUUACAGCUAGUCUUUUUAAAUGGAAAUACUCAGAUUCUUUCUCUGGUCCUCUUUUCCUUUCCCCACCUCUUCAUUGCCUCUUGAGUUUGACAAAUCAACUUCGUGCCUAACGGGAGAAAUGUGUAAACUUUGUAUAAAUGUGUAAAUACGUACCAGUUCUAUUGGAUUAUUUUACGGUUUGAUUGAGUGCAAAAGGCUCUACAUUACGAUUGCUGUAUUAGGGUUAACUUGCUAACCUUUUGAAAAGGUUUUUUAAGAUGCACUGAAAAAAAAACAAGUACAAAAGAA